UCGCCACGCCGACAGAUGUGCAAGAUGUCCCAGCGAUUUACAUUUUACUUUUGUUUGAUUUUGUUUUUGCAAACCCUCAACCCCUUCAUCGUAUUGAUUUGGGCAAAUGAAUCCAAUCAAGAUGUUAAAAUUGAGGUUACGUUUCUGCCAGAAAACUGCAGCCAGAAAGCCAAGAGAGGAGACAUGCUGAAUGCUCAUUACGAUGGAUAUCUAGCUAAAGAUGGAUCUCAGUUCUACUGCAGUCGUUCGACAAACACGGGUCACCCACACUGGUUUGUGUUAGGCGUUGGAGAAGUUAUUAAGGGCCUCGAUUUAGGGCUGGACGGCAUGUGUCCUGGUGAGAAGAGAAAAGUUAUCAUUCCUCCGUCUCUGGCAUACGGCGAGAAAGGAAAAGGUCCUGUACCACCAAAUGCAACAGUGGUCUUUGAGGUGGAGCUUUUACACAUAACCAGAGGACCACGCAGCAUAGAAGCCUUCAAAGAAAUUGACGCUGACAACGACAAGGCCCUGACAAAAGAAGAGAUUAAAGAAUACUUGAAAAUGGAAGCAAAGAAGUUAAAUACACAGAAAGAUGAAUCCUAUUUUGAUGAUGUUGUGGCGGAUGUGUUCCAUAAGAAUGAUCACAAUGCUGAUGGGACCUUAUCACUAAAGGAGUACAAUGUUUAUGGUCAUGAUGAACUAUAAACACUACUAGAGAGACAUUUUUAUACAGCUGGUGCACUGGACAUUCUCUACAAGACACUCUUCAAAUUGUAGAGUUGAUUAAGGAUUUUGCUUUGAUGAACACCACUAAAUUUUGAAUAAAGUUCAUUCAAAUA